GAAGAGUCCCACUAAUGACGUAACAUCCGGAGCGCCAACUCUGUAGGUGUAAACAAACGAGAAGGAGCAAAUAAGUUCAACUUUCUUGUCAAAACGGCAGCACUGACUGAAUGAUGGACCUGAAUCCGUUUGAAGCAGAUAACUCUGUCAGCUGCCGGCUGGCCUCUCAGAUCCCUGAAGUCUGCAGGACCGAAGACUGCUGUCUGGGUGUGGACGAGGCAGGCAGGGGGCCUGUGCUGGGACCCAUGGUUUAUGGGAUAUGUUUCUGUCCCAUUUCCAAAAACCAAGAAUUGAAGGACUUGAAAGUAGCAGAUUCAAAGACCCUGACAGAGGCUGAAAGAGAGAAUCUUUUCCAAAAGCUGGAUGAAGCCAAAAGUUACGUAGGCUGGGCCCUGGAUGUUCUKUCACCCAACGUUAUCUCCACCAGCAUGUUACAAAGGACUAAAUACAACCUGAAUGCCCUCUCUCACGAUACAGCCAUUGGUUUAAUACAGUUUGCUUUGGACAGUGGAGUUCAGGUUAAAGAGGUUUUUGUGGACACAGUCGGUCCAGCAGAGAAAUACGAGCAGAAACUCUCCCACUUGUUCCCUGGUAUCGAGGUGACCGUGAGACCAAAAGCUGACUCCCUUUUCCCUGUCGUCAGUGCAGCCAGUAUCUGUGCAAAGGUGGCCAGAGAUCGCGCUGUYGAACGCUGGAAGUUUACUGAAAACCUGGGAGAGGUGGAUACAGACUACGGAUCAGGAUACCCUAAUGACCCUAAAACUAAAGCCUGGCUGCUCAAAUACCUCGACCCGGUGUUUGGUUACCCGCAGUUUGUUCGAUUCAGCUGGAGCACGGCACAAACUCUGAUGGACAGCCAGGGAGUGUCUGUUCACUGGGACGACGAUGAAGAGGACGGGGAGAAGGCAGCGAAACGGCAGAACAACCGCUCCAUGUUGUCAUACUUCAGCGCUCCAGCUGAAGGUGAAAAGACCCAUCAGACCCACCGUUUCUUCACUGACCGGAGGCUGAAGAGCCUGAACUCACUCUGAACACACUUUAGAAGACGYCCACUCCUGUUGAGUAUUUAAAGCUUGUGUGUGAGGAGUGUAUCUGUGUACAACCAAACAUUUUUACAGUCUAAAAAGUAAUUUUUUGGCUUUUUCCCACUAAACAUAACAUGUCCAGAACCACAAGAUCUAACAGAAAAUUUAAAUAAAAUUUAAAACUGCAGUUUUUUACAUUUUGACCAUAAAGAACUACAACGGAUUUUUAACGUUUAUUAUUAUUUUAUACUAGGAUAAAAGCAGAAGAAAAAUAAUAGAUAAAAUUAAGUAGGACAAAAUCAAAAAGUGAUAAUACCCACAUUGAUAAAUGACCGAUUUGAUUCCUUUCAAUGAUUGUUAUAAAUGUUUUUGAGUAAACACAAAAGUGCAGGAUAUUAGACAUUUAUUCAUUAUUCUCUCUUAAUAAAAGCAGAAAUCUUCUUUUACUUUAAUCUUUAUAAAGUUUUUAUCAAAGACAAGUUUCGUAGUUUGAAUUCUGCUAAGAGAAGUUCCAUGUUUCAUUUUUUUUUAACAUUUUAUUUUUCUGUCUCUACAAAGUCAUUUUGUUUUUCUCCUCAGCAACUUGACUCGAACAUAAAAAGAUUUAUUUUCUGAUGGAAUUCACACAAAGAUCACAGUGUUACAAGAAGGUGGAUUCACGAAGCAGCUAUAAAUCUUAAACGUUAUUAGCACAGACUGAUCAGUGCAUUUUGCCUCCUGUAAAAUUAGGACCAUUGUGUCAGAAAUGUUUUAUUCCCAUAAAAAUGGACAGGAAAACGUCUGAAACCAGCAGUUUUACACAUAAACAUGAUUUGUUUCUGUGUUAUUUUUGGUCAACGCUGCAGAGAGGCACCAAAGAACAUGUGGCUCCAGACCUCUGUCUUAAAUUAUCAGGGUAUUCUUAAACAGCAGAAUUGUUGUCAUCAAUGCAGAGUUGAAAUCACAAUCUGUUUGUUUUUCUAAAUAAAAUAUGUUUUUUUU